UUAUGUUUACCUUUAUUUAGGACUAAAUACAUUUAUCAUGGCACCGUUAAAUACAAUAUUUACAUUUUUGUGUAUGGUCAGUUUGACCAAAACUGACCGAAAUGUGCGACAAAGUUUCAACCCUAAUUCAAUGAUGGGAAGUUUUCUUGGUGGAUCAUCGUCGUCAUCUUCUUUGUAUGGAAGCUUCAACCCAAAUAAGAUGAUGUCACAAUACACAGGCGGGGGUUCUAGUGGUAGCAUGUUUAACCCUAAUGCUAUGAUGGGAGGAGGUCAACAACCGCAGCAACCUGCAAACAGUGGUCAAAGUUCACAGAAAAGUCAAUCAUCCCAAUCUACAAAUAGUCCUCAACAAUCAGGAGGUAGUCAGUCAUCUGGAACUGGAACGUUUGACCCGAAUGCUCAGAUGUCAUCGGGUGGUUCCGGUGGCACCUCUGGUGGAAAUCAAUUUGGAGGCAUGUCUCAGUCAUCAGGGGGAUCCGGUGGCGCCUCUGGAGGAAGUCAAUUUGGAGGCAUGUCUCAGUCAUCAGGUGGGUCUAGUGGAAGUAUGUUCAAUCCCAAUGCCAUGAUGGGUGGUCAGCAACAACCAAUGAACAGUGGGCAAAAAUCACAACAGAGUCAAUCUUCCCAGUCGACAAAUAGUCCUGCACAAUCAAGUCAGUCAUCUGGAACUGGUAUGUUUAACCCAAAUGCGCAGAUGUCAUCGGGUGGAUCUGGCGGAACUUCCGGUGGCGGUGGAAUGUCGUUCAAUCCGAAUCAGAUGACGUCUGGUGGAGCACAACAAAUGAGUGGUAGUGGUGGUGGUGGUGGUGGUAGCAGUUCAAACACAAUACCAAAGUACAACCCAAACAAUGCUGUAAAUACUGGCGCCAAAUAUGACCCUAAUGCUGCAAACAGUGGAAUGAGUGGUUCUUCUGGUGGAGCAAAACCAUCUUUUGCCAACGGUAUGGGGUUAAAUGCAAAACAACAAACGCCUGGUGGACAACAGACUACGAGUCAACCAAGCCAACAACCCGGAUCACAAUCCGCGUCUAGUUUUGGUCAAGCAUCUGGUCAGCAACAACAAUCGGCAGCAUCUAGCUUUGGACAAGCUUCAGGUCAACCAUCACAGUCUUCAGCAUCAAGUUUUGGUCAAGCUUCAGGUCAACAGCCACAAUCGGGUUCUGGAAGUCAACAGCCUCAAUCUGGCUCCGGAAGUCAACAGCCUCAAUCUGGCUCUGGUAGUCAGCAGCCUCAAUCAAAUUGUGGACAGCAAGGCUCUUUUGACCCAGUAGCCGCCAAUACAGGAGGAACUUCUGGUUUUAACCCUCUUAAUCCACUUUUAGGAGGAAAUACUUUGAGUAAAAUCAUGGGACCGAACACAGGAUGUGGUAAAAGUAAUGGUGGUUUUGAUCCUGGAUCUGUCAAUAUGCAACAAGCCCAACUGGGAACCAGCUUAAACAUGUUUGGCGGAGCUAAAGGAGGAGACCCAAGUAAAAUGGAUGCAAGUUCGUUAAUGGGUGGAUCCUCUGGAAUGAUGAGUGGAGCUAAUUCAGUGAUGACUCCAGGUGGAAGCAGUGGCGGGAGUACUGGAGCCAGUAGUGGAGGGGGAAUGAAUUUGAAUCCAAUGAAUAUGAUGAGCAGUAUGACGGGAGGAUCCGGAAGCGGAAGUGGGAGUGGUACAAAUCCCAUGAACGCAAUGUUGGGAGGAACAUCUGGUACAUCCAGAGGCGGAAACAGUGGCUCUGCAAGUCAAAGCGGAGGACAGACGGGUGGUAAUCCGUUGGAUCCUUUAGGGGCGAUGAUGGGAGGUGCCCAGAGGUUUGCAGGAGGUAGUAAUCUGAUGGAUCCCAUGGGUUUUAUGAAUGGAGGUGGACAAACUGGUAAAUUUGGAAACCGGUUUUCUGUACCCUUAACAGGGAGAUCUUUGCAGAUAGAAACGGCAUUCGUUCCAGGAGAUCUUGGAUUUUUAGGAAAAUUUGAUCCAAACCAAUACUUUCAAAACUCAAUAAAUAACAAGAAAGCUUGGAAACAGACCUGGGACGGUUCUUGGCCAAACAAAGGUGGAAGCCAAAACGAACUGACGACGACUAAAGCAACGCCAUCAGAAGUGGACAAAGAAUCGCGUUUUGGGAAUACAGAUAUUAAGGAAGAAUUAGUUCAAUCUGCUCAAGGGAACAAUAACCACCAUGAGGUGAAGGAUAAAGUAAAGACAUGGGACGGAUCUUGGCCAGGCGGUGAUACAGCAAAGUCCUGGGCUGGAGCGUGGAAACAGGAAAAAUCUGACAGUGAUACAGCAAAGUCUUGGGCUGGAGCAUGGAAACAGGAAAAGCCUGGGGGUGAUAUCGCAAAGUCUUGGGCUGAAGCAUUGAAACAAGAAAGACCUGGUGUACCAGAAAGUAAAGCUUCCAUCACCGACACAGAAGAGAAAGAAACACAAGAAACUGAUGAAAACAGCUUUUCUCACUCCUCUAGAGUUCUGUCAGAGAUAAUUGCAAUGUUACAGAAGUUGAGGAAACCAUAGAUCAAUAAAUAAAGCUUCUUCGCUGACUAGUAUUUCGUUAUGGCCAAGAAGAUUGUAUGAUAAAGCUACUGUUUUUGCGACUUGAUAAUAAAAAGCACAAAGUAUUAUACAUGUACGUCUGUCAAAUAACUUAAAAUA